UUACUUGAUACUACAGCUGCCCUCGGAGAACUAGGAUGGAAAACAUUUCCUUUAAAUGGGUGGGAUGCCAUAACUGAAAUGGAUGAACACAACCGUCCCAUUCAUACUUACCAGGUAUGUAAUGUGAUGGAACCAAACCAAAACAACUGGCUUCAGACAAACUGGAUCUCCCGUGAUGCUGCACAGAAAAUUUAUGUGGAAAUGAAGUUUACCCUGAGGGACUGCAACAGUAUUCCAUGGGUACUGGGAACCUGCAAGGAGACUUUCAAUCUCUACUACAUGGAGUCAGAUGAAUCUCAUGGAGUAAAAUUCAAGCCAAACCAGUACACCAAAAUUGAUACUAUUGCAGCUGAUGAGAGCUUUACCCAGAUGGACUUGGGUGACCGCAUUCUUAAACUCAACACAGAAGUUCGUGAGGUUGGGCCAAUAAACAAGAAGGGAUUUUAUCUUGCUUUUCAGGACAUUGGAGCAUGCAUUGCUUUGGUCUCAGUCCGUGUUUAUUACAAAAAGUGCCCUUUCACGGUCCGUAAUUUGGCUAUGUUUCCUGAUACUAUACCAAGGGUUGAUUCUUCCUCUUUGGUGGAAGUACGGGGCUCUUGUGUGAAGAGUGCUGAGGAACGUGAUACUCCUAAAUUGUAUUGCGGAGCAGAUGGAGAUUGGCUUGUGCCUCUAGGACGGUGCAUCUGCACUGUAGGAUAUGAAGAAGUGGAUGGCUCCUGCCAUGCUUGCAGGCCUGGAUUCUACAAAGCAUUUGCUGGAAAUGUAAAGUGCUCUAAGUGCCCUCCACACAGUUUGACUUACGUAGAAGCAACUUCUGUCUGUCAGUGUGAGAAAGGUUACUUCAGAGCUGAGAAGGACCCACCAACUAUGGCAUGUACCCGGCCACCUUCUGCUCCAAGGAAUGUGAUUUUUAACAUUAAUGAAACAGCUCUCAUGUUGGAAUGGAGCCCCCCGAGUGAUACCGGAGGAAGAAAAGAUCUCACUUACAGUGUCAUCUGUAAGAAAUGUGGGUCGGACGCAAGCCAGUGUGAGAUUUGUGGGGGGGGUAUCCGUUUCAUCCCCAGGCACACAGGUCUCAUCAACUCCUCAGUGACAGUGCUUGACUUUGUGUCGCACGUGAACUACACCUUUGAAAUAGAAGCCACAAAUGGGGUCUCAGAGCUGAGUUUCUCUCCCAAGCAGUUCACAGCAAUCACAGUUACCACAGACCAAGAUGCACCCUCCUUGAUAGGUAUGGUAAGGAAGGACUGGGCUUCCCAAAACAGCAUUGCCCUCUCCUGGCAAGAGCCGGACUUUCCCCAUGGAGCAAUUCUGGACUACGAGAUCAAGUACUAUGAGAAAGUCUACCCACGGAUAGCGCCGGCAUUUUGGCACUACCUGCGGGUAGAAGAGCAUGAGCAGCUCAGCUAUUCCUCCACAAGGUCCAAGGCUCCAAGUGUUAUCAUCACAGGUCUCAAGCCAGCCACCAAGUAUAUAUUUCAUAUCAGAGUCAGGACGGCAGCAGGAUACAGCGGCUAUAGCCAGAAGUUUGAAUUUGAAACUGGAGAUGAAACUUCUGAUAUGGCUGCAGAGCAGGGACAGAUUCUUGUCAUUGCCACUGCUGCUGUUGGUGGAUUCACUCUCCUGGUCAUCCUCACUUUGUUCUUCCUGAUCACUGGGAGAUGUCAGUGGUACAUAAAGGCCAAAAUGAAAUCUGAAGAGAAAAGAAGGGCUCAUUUGCAAAAUGGACAUUUACGUUUCCCAGGAAUCAAAACAUAUAUUGAUCCAGACACAUAUGAAGACCCAUCUCUUGCUGUCCAUGAGUUUGCAAAGGAGAUAGAUCCUUCAAGAAUUCGUAUUGAGAGAGUUAUUGGGGCAGGGGAGUUUGGAGAAGUGUGCAGUGGACGUCUGAAGACACCGGGAAAAAGAGAAAUACCUGUUGCAAUUAAAACUCUAAAAGGUGGCUAUAUGGACAGGCAGAGAAGAGAUUUCUUGAGAGAGGCUAGUAUCAUGGGACAAUUUGACCACCCAAAUAUAAUUCGCCUUGAAGGAGUCGUUACAAAAAGAUCCUUUCCGACCAUUGGGGUGAAGUCUCUUUCGAGAUUCCUGAGGGCGGGAUUUUUAAAUAGCAUCCUGGCCUCUCAUCCAGUGUCAGGGGGUGGAUCUUUACCCCCCAGCAUUUCCUCUGGCAGACCAGUAAUGAUUGUAGUUGAAUACAUGGAGAAUGGAUCCCUUGACUCCUUUCUGCGGAAGCAUGAUGGCCACUUCACAGUCAUCCAGCUGGUUGGCAUGCUACGAGGGAUUGCAUCUGGCAUGAAGUACCUCUCAGACAUGGGCUACGUACACCGUGAUCUGGCAGCCCGUAAUAUCUUGGUCAACAGUAAUCUCAUGUGCAAAGUCUCUGAUUUUGGUUUGUCACGAGUGUUAGAGGACGAUCCUGAAGCUGCUUACACAACAAGCGGUGGAAAAAUCCCCAUAAGGUGGACCGCUCCUGAAGCUAUAGCUUACCGGAAGUUCUCUUCAGCAAGUGACGCAUGGAGCUAUGGGAUUGUAAUGUGGGAGGUGAUGUCCUACGGUGAGAGACCAUACUGGGAGAUGUCCAACCAGGAUGUUAUACUGUCUAUUGAAGAAGGUUACAGGCUUCCAGCUCCCAUGGGCUGCCCAGCUUCUCUUCACCAGCUAAUGCUUCACUGCUGGCAAAAGGAGAGGAACCACCGUCCAAAAUUUAGUGACAUUGUCAGCUUCCUAGACAAACUGAUCCGCAAUCCGAGCACCCUUCAUACCCUAGUGGAGGACAUACUUGUAAUGCCAGAUUCACCUGGUGAAGUUCCAGAAUAUCCUUUGUUUGUUUCAGUUAGUGACUGGCUGGACUCCAUAAAAAUGGGUCAGUAUAAAAAUAACUUCAUGGCAGCAGGUUUCACAACUUUGGAUAUGGUUUCAAGAAUGAGUAUUGAUGACAUUAGAAGAAUUGGAGUUGUACUCAUUGGACACCAGAGACGAAUAGUCAGCAGUUUACAGACUUUGCGGUUACAUAUGAUGCACAUACAGGAGAAAGGAUUUCAUGUAUGAAAGUACUAGAAUCAACUGUGUUUUGUGCCUCAGCAUUUCUAAAACGGAAAAAUAUUCUCAUUCUUCCCUUCUGCUCUUCCCAACUUCAAGAACUGCAGUCUCCUGUUCAGACUAUAAAAGUACUUCUAUGUUAAUGCUUCCAAACUGGAAUUUUUAAUCACACUGCAUAGCUCCUCCGCCAGUUAUCUGCCGAUAAAAUCCUGGCCUACUGCAAGACACUUGCUACACACUGAUGAAUAGCUCAGCAUGGAUGUGUAACUUUGUAUAACAAUAUUUGGGAAAUUUUCAUGAACUUACUUGAAAGUAGUAAUCUCUUUGGCCUGGUGUGGCUUCUUUAUCGAUGUAUUUAGAGUUUGCUGGUAGAUCAAAAAGUAUUUGACUUCUUUCAUGUUUUGUGACCAUGUAACUUCCAAUACCAAAUGUGCAAUCAAAAAGAAGUUUGACAUAAAUAUUUAUUUUAUCUCUUAAUUAAAUCCAAAUAUAUGGGUCCUAUUGUUAUAUUACUUUAUAAUAGUUUGAAUGCUGGUAAAAUGGUGCCUCAAGUUGUUAGUAUUGUUUGCGGAAAUGACUGAUGAUUUUAUGUAGCGAGUUUUCAUUGUGUGAAUAAUUGGGAGGAUAGUGAGAGAAACCUGUUUGAAAUCUUAAGGUACUUGAUUUUUAAUUACUUUAGCACUCGACACUUUUUAUGCUUUAAAUUUUAGAUUAGGUUGGAAAACUUGUUCAUGCUUGGGAUUCUUCACCACCCUAGGCCUUCCUUUUUUUUUUUUUUUUAUUAAUAUUCAGCAUUUGCUUCCACUAUGUGGCAAAUAUUCAUUGGAAAACUGUAACGUUUUCAUAACCACGUGGUUGUCAGCUAUACCAUGGCCACACAGACUUCAAAAAGCUUUCUGUUCCGAAAAUGCAGGCCUCCACUGCUUGAACUAAGCAUAAUUUCCACUGGUGGUCGUAGACCUGAGGGGGCCAGCCAUCAGUGGGGUGAUGUGCUUAUUCCCAUGGGAGCAGGCCAGCCAUAUCAUCCUCCAGUUGAGGGCAGUUCUACAACCAUCAACUGAUGCUGGGAGUUACACACUGCGGUAUUGUUAUCUUGUACACAGGCAGAAAAGGAGAUGUAGGACAGCAGUGUAAUAAUAUGUUGCCUUCAGUCUACUUCUAACUGCUUUUAGAAGUAAAAAGCAGACUGCUGAAAUGGAGCUCUGGUUACUAUGGGCUAGACCUCCAUUUAGUACAGAUACCUAAGUGACAUCGAAGACAAUUACCUUUAGAACUCUUCAAUAGCCAUAUUUACAUGCAAGAAAAUGUCUGCAAAGGCCUAACAUAAUAUUUGUACCUCUCUAAGACUUACAGCUUUCAUGUUUUAUUCAGACAACUUACACAGACGUGCUGGCUACAUUUCCAAACUUUUGCAUGGAUAUGCGUUACUGGGAACAGGGGAACCAGCGCAUGUCUGUGUGCUGUACAAGUCACACACAGAUCUACAUGCAUGUCACAUGUAAACUGCGUGCAGAUGCUUUUGUUAAUUUAUACAUAGUUUGGAAGACAUUUUUGAGUUACGUGGCAUUCCAAUAUACUCAAGCAUUACAACUCUUCUGUUAAGAUGUGCAUUUGGGUAAUUAGUAUAAUAUAUGUGUAUAUCAAAAUGAACUAACUACUUUAUGUAAUCAUAAUGAUACUUACUGCUUAAUUUACAGCUUGUAAAUCAAAAUGUAUUUCCUAACUCUUGGAAAAGGCUGCCGUUGUAUAUUGGUGGCAAAGAAGGAAAAUCAGAAAACAACUCGGAAAAGAUUGUGCUUCUAACCAGUUCACAGAGUAAGACACACAAGGCCUGAUUCACUGUUGUCACUUUAUGUUGGAAUAACUGCGUUAAUUUAAGUGAGAUAACAGGAGUACAUUAAGUAAAUUUAUUUCAUAAAAAAAACCAAAACAGAUUUAAUUGAGGAACAAGUUUUCUAAAGAUCAGGAUUCACCAGUGUUCUACAAUGCCAAUUUGAUGAGCUUGUUUAAGGAAAGGCAGCUCCAGUCCUAGGCUAGCUACAAAGGUAAUUUUGCCAGCAUGAGUAGUCCCGCUGAACUCAGUAGGACUGUACAAGCAUGUGUGUUUUGCAGGAUCACAGGCCUUUAGUGGAGAAAAAAAAAAAAAAAAGGAUCUGUUCAUUUCUGUGACUGUUACUUCAAAAAUUAUGCCCCAAUUCCACAUCUGAAUAAUUUUCUGGUAGAUGUUCUCUUAUGGAAAGAAAAUCAUAGUUACCUGAAGCCUUUUAAAACAUACUGUCAUCACAGAGUAAUUUGAAAGUUGAUUUUCUUUUAUCAGUUUUGCCUGUUAUUUCUUCCGUGGCCAACAACGUGACAUCUGUGGAAGGAGCCUCUCUCACAAUUAAAUACAUUACCGAGGAGGUAUGAGUCUGUUAUUUCUUAAUGGGGUUUCAAAAUUACUCAUAACUAAUCCAAACCAUGUAUGUGCACUUUUUAAAUUCUCCUUUGCACAUUUUUUCAUUCCUGGUAGUGUGGAUGCAGAGCGGCAUGUUAUGUGCAUGCAACCUGGAUAUAUUUAAUGGAAAUUAAUUUCUAAAGUUAUCACACUACUGAAAAUAUAUUUUCAAUAGAAAAAAUAUAACCAUAUUAAAACAUUUAUUAAUCAGAUAUAUUUUUUAUAUAAACAAGAGUUUGGGUAACCAGAAGGGAAAGAACAAGGGAUUGUUUGGGUAAGGACAUGUAUUAAAAACCUGUAAAUCCAGGAUUUUAUGGGUUUAUAUGGCUUGGGCCUUUGUUGUUGUUGUGGUGCAGUAUCACACUUCUAUAAUAGUUAUCUUGAUCAAAUUUACAUUUUUCCCCAUUUUGGAAACAUUUUAUUUGCUCUUGCUUCAAUUCCAAGCCUACUCUUGUUUGGUUUAGGGGUUUUUUUUGUGGGGUGUGGGGAUGUGCCCAAUUUUUUUCAUUUAAAAACAAACAGAAAAUCAACAGGUGUUCUUUUUCAAAUGUGAGCUUAAUUCUGUGCAGGCCACAAGUGUAUAUGUGAAAUUAAGAGUAACUUUCUUUAUUACAAGAAAUACUUUCUUCAGGUGAAAAUUAGCUCUAUUUAGAUAUCCUGCAUAUUGCAGUGCGCAGUUAGAGUUUAAACUCAACAAAUUUAAGCAAAUCUAAUAGGCUAUUUUUGAGAAUGUGGCCCACACUGCAGAGUGCUUCAUGACAAAAAGUCCUGAUUGAAAGUUCACAAAAUAAAGUGUGCAAGAUAUGCAAGCAAAAAAAAAAAAAAAAAAGAAAAAAAGCAUUAAAAUGUGGACAUGUCUAAGUUAUUUAAAAGUAAUAUCCAUGCGUAGAUUUUUCUCACAGAUCUGACUGUCAUUAAUCUAGAAUAAAAUCCAUCCCUCUGUGCUGUUAUCAUUACUCGUGUAUCACUUAAGCCUCCAAAACACAGCUUAACUGAGGGUCUUGACUGCUGAGCCAGGACCAGGUUAAUGUCUCUUGGCUGACAAGUGCACUGCCCCAGCUGUCCAUCACGUGCCAACCACAGUGCUUCCAAAGUUGACUGACAAGCAACUUGCAUGUCUGUGCAGCCAAGUAAGGUGGUCAUCUCACAUGGAAACCAUAUCAGUCAUCCUUACUCAAGAUAUCCCCACUUACCAGUCAGAGCUCUGAGAUUAUUGGGAGGAAUUCUUCUCACCUAGUUAUGGAGGUCUGCAUUUGAGUGAGUCAUCUGAGGGCCCCUUUUCGUCAUGAAGAGGGCCCUUGUAGGAUGCAAGUCAUCUGACAAACGUAGUUAUUUACUUCUGGGUUAGAUGAAUUGUGGCAAAGAAGCACCUGUUUCUCUGCAUUCAAAGAGAUCAAAAUUGGCUAGCUCAUAUCCAGGCAUCUGUGUUUGGUCAGAAGAGUCUCAUGCCUUGAUUGUAUCUAGUCCUUAUGCUGAACUGGUGAAAAAAAAAGAGGAUCUUCUCCAUAAUGGUGGUGUUAAAAUUGAGCAAGUAACAGCAGAAGGUUUAGUAGGUUUUGUUCAUGAGGUGUUUGCACACUGGAAUUACUGAGAAGCAAUGGGACUGCAUGAAGUGAAAGGAAGUAAAUUGAGCUACAUAAUUUAAAUUUUUCUUGAACAAAAGUAACCUUUUUUGUUUCCCAUGGAUGUAAAUUCAGUGUCUGCCCAAAAAAAACUUAGAUGCAUGCUAUGCUUCAAGAUACCAGCCAAGACUUUUCAGUAUAAGGCAGUCCUUUAAUUGCAAAUAGUACACUCAACAAUAAAUUCAAAUAAAGUAGUUGCUCUGUCCAAAAUUGCAUUAGUUAUUAGCUGGAUUAUUCUGACAUGGAACUCAUAGUCUGUAGUAUUUUUAUUUUUCUGUAAUUUUAGACUGUCCAUUUUUUAUUUUUUAUAUGAUGAGUCUAACACUGGGCUCUAUUAAUUUAUUUUUCAAUGCAGAUUCAUACAGGGUCCAAAAGUGGGUCAAAAGUAACGUACAGAUGCUCUUUAUUCAGUUGCAGUAAAGAUUUACUAUGUGGAAUAUCUGGGGCUGGAGGUGCCUAGUAGGACUGUACUAACCAUGGCAACUUCCAUGUUAGAAUAACCCCAUGGAACUAUGUCAACCACACAAGUCCCAAGGUAAAGCCGCAUUUCUCCUAUGAGCAAGGUACUACUGGAACUACACCAGCAAGGGCUCAGUCUCUUAGAAUAUGUCCCACAUUCUAAUCCAGUCCAACACAUCUUUUAGAGUAAUAAAAGUUACAAGUCAUAAUAAAAAGUCUGCAUCCAUUACAUCUUCUAGGAAAAGUAUUAAAAGUAGAGAUACUUCACUUAUGGCAUUUGCAAAUGGUUGAAGAGCACUGUAUUCUGUGAAACAGUUUUCUUCCAGAAUACCCUUUUUCAUCAAGUGUAAUUAAUCUUUCCUGAAUAAAUGGCAAAGAUCAUCUUUUUUUUUUUUUCUUUUUAUACUGGUACUUUUUUUUUUUUUUUCUUUUUUUUUUUUUUUUACAGUGAGUGAAAGAUGUGUUGGGCUGGGCUUACCCUUAGUAGGACAGUGAUCAUUAAAAUCUCAUGGAGAAACAAAUGAAUCAGGACUGAAAAAGAAAAAAAAAGUCCCUAAAGCUUCUAAUAAGGUGAAAAAGGAAGAACUGUACAUGUUGGGCUAAGGAGCUGUAACAAAAGUUAUAUAAGACAGUUCCAUGCACUUAACAGCUCACACAUAUCUUCUACCACCACAUACUGCUCAUCCAUGAGUGCUAUGGUUGUAUAUAGUUCCACAUAUUAUGGCCCAGAAUACGUUGAGUGCAUUAUGGAUAGAAAAUAUUUGUCUAUAUGUACAUAAAGAAUUGUAAAUAUAAUGUAUAUCAAAAUGCCUGAGAUUUUUCAAACCUACAGAAUUAAUUACCUAACUCCCAGUAACUCUAACGGGGUUGAUCUGCUCCAUUGGCUUUUAAAAUUUUUAGCGGCAUGCACUGUAUGUGUAUAGUAGUACUUCCCAAACUUCCUUGGCUUGUUAUCUGGCAAUGGACAGGCUCUCUUUUCCUCCAUGGGCAGAAUAAACCAGUUUCAAACUGCCUUACAGAAAGCUGCCUGGGCACCUGAUGCUGACCCUUCUACUGACACCACACCAAACCUUUCUACUGAUUCUUUUCCGUACAACUCAUUACUGUAGAAAUGAUCAGUGAUCAUAGAGGGGAGGCAAGAUGACCAUGAGCCAGCACCUCUAUUAACAUAUAGUCCAUGCUAUAAAAAGUUUUAGUUCCUCUGCUGAAGUCACCAAAGAUGUUUAAAUAGUAUAUAAAUUAUUUUCUUUUAAAUAGCCAUUUAUAGACACAAGGUCAAAACAAGGGAAAUUUUCAAGGGAACAUGGUGAGGAUAUGCUGGCAUAUAGUAUAAAAAGAUGUGUUGAAUUUUAGAAAGGAAAACCAACAAAAAUGGUUGAUGAAAAAACAUGAGAUUAAAAAAUGGAUUAGAGUUAAAAUAUAUUUCCAUAUUUUAUAUGUGAAAUAAUAGAACACCAGCUCAGUGAAAUCUAUUUCUGUGUAUGUUUCUUUUAAUAUCCUACAUGAGUAACGCUUACCUUUCUCUCCUGUAAGGGAUUUCCCAAGUACAUCUCUCUUCCAGAAAGGUUUAGCAUAGUAUCUGAUUUUUCAUAGCUGUGUAUAUAAAACUGGAAUAAAAAAUGCCAAGUCAUGACACUGAAGAUACAGAAAAUAAUAUAUUAAAAAGAUCAGUCUCAAAAUCAUUUGAAGUUUUCACACCUGUUCUGCUUUGUUCCUGUCCAAAAUUUUGACCUAUGUCUAAGCAUCUGAGUGCUUUGACUAAUAGGUAACUACAUGUGUGUCUCAGUAAUAAUGUAUGUACUGCGCCAUGCUCAGAAACUCCUGAAUCUGUAAACUUACAUGCUUGUGCAGCUUAAUUCAUUUAUUCAAUUCAAUUAGAAAUAGGACUAUUUAUAUGAGUAGUGUUAUGCAUAAAGGAUUUGCAAAUCCAAGUCCAUAUAAAAUAUUUGUAAGGCAGCAUGAGAUAACAUUUUGUCAGUUUUAACUUCAGUACCACAGAUGGUUUCCUUGAGGAGUCCAGUAUAUUCACUGAUAUUAUCACAAAACCUCCUGCACGUAUUGUUCUUGAUAUGUGAGGAGAUAUUGCUGACUUUUUUUUUUCAUUUGGGAAAUAGUACACAUUUUGGGGAAUAUGCAUCUCUGACAUGCACAUCAGCAAGCUGAUUACAAAUUUGUGAAUAAACCAUAAUAUUAUACUAAUACUUCUUGUUAUUGACAAUUAAGGGAUUAACUGCUGAGCAACAGCAUGUAUAUUGAGCAGAAGAUAAACCAAAACCCUGGCACUGGAAAUUCACAAAUCAAAGAGAAAUCUAGUUCUGUAUUCUGAACUGUGGGAAGCCUGGGGCCUUGGUUGUAUGGAAAGUAAUCUUGAAUAUAGAAUAUGGAAAAUGAAAUUGGCAUGAAAUCUUGCUUGGAAUCCAGGUAUUCCUUUCUGGUUUGAAUGAUGAAAAAGUGUCUAUGGAAACUGUGUAGGGAGAAUUUUCAUAGAAUCAUCACUGCAAAAUGCUCUGAGGCUUCUCCACAGCAAUGAUAGGAAAAAAAAUCUAUUUGCUGAUUUUCCAGGGUCCAGCCUAUGACAAAAAUUCAGGUACAACUGUCAUCAUUUAGAUCAGAAACUCCAACAGACACAAUUCUGUAAUUGAAAGACUACUUGUUCUUCUUGUUGCAUACUGGCUUUUCUGAAAGGAACCUAAAUAAUUAGUACAGUAGAGGUAUCCAGUUGAGAGUGGCUUACAAACUGAAUUUUCAGUUUUCUCUCAUUCAGACUGAGCUCUACUUGAGAGUGAUUAAAACAUGAAUAACUUUUUUUUUUAAAAGCUGAAUGCUCUGAGCUGUAUAACUUACCAUCACAGUCCCUUUAUGUACAACCGGGUUAGCUGAAAAACUGCAGCCAAUGUUUCAAAUCUGUAAAUUAUUUUAGUUACUAAAUGCCAAAUUCACGAGUUCCAUUUUUGUCUUGGGAAGGUUCUACUGUGAAACACCCAGUAUUUCCAAUUCCUGCUGAAAGAAUUUAAUGAACUGGAUGGAGUAAUUCUUGGGACAAUGAGGUAACUGUGAGGAAUUAAAUGUUUCAGUGUCAAUAGGUACGGUCUUGCUGUGACCAAAACUCUGAGAGUUUGUUACUGACUUCAGUGGCAGACAGAUGUAGCCCCACGUUACACAUACUGUAUGUAGGAUUCAGCUCUCCAAACAGAUUCUCCUUUCCUCCAUCCCACAACUGUCAUAGUUGAUUUGUUGUUAGAGAACCAGCACUUACUGGGACACGUGCUGUCUUGUCGUUCAAAUGUAUCACUAAAACUAUGCUAGUUUUAAUUUCUCUUUUGAGAGUUUCAGGUUGAGGUGUAGGUUGGUCCUUCAGGGCAUGAGCCAAAGUCAGUUAAAUCCAUACGAAAAUGUUAAUAGACUGAAACAGGGUUUGGAUCAAAGGUUUCUAUAGAUUUGCAUGGAAUGGAUGGCCUCAUUUAAUAGGAGAGAACUGCACUGAGCAUAAAAGACAAGGCUACAACCUCAGGGAUGUGAUGAAAUAGAUUAUGGUUACCUUCAACAUGGCAAAACUGAACUGCAAAGUACAAAAGGUGUUUGCUGCACUGUUGUUUUAACUGGAAUAGGCUACCAUCUCUGAAUUUGCAAUAAAUAUUUUAAAUGACCUACACAACUAAUAGAGUAUCUAACAGAAAUGUUUUUGGUGUUUUUUUGUUUUUUUGUUUUUGCUACGGAGUUCCCCAAACUCGUGGAUUUAAAUACAGGAUAAAACCAUUAUCCCCAUCAAACACACAGAACCUAGAAAAAAAUAGAAUUUGUCUACAUUUCUUCUUUCCUAAACAUAUACCAUUAUGCAGUAUGAUCUCCCCUUCAUAAUAGAAGUGCUAGCUGAAAUAUGACUCUUUGAACAAGCUGUUUCAUACUCCUACUCCACUGCAGUGUAAGUUUGCCAGUUAAUGAAAGGCACAGUUGCAAAUAAAAUAACUAAUGCCCUCCUGGUAGCUCUGUUUAUUGGACUCUCAUUAAUUCCCUAUCUCAAGAAAACCAUCCUACUCUAAGAUGCCUAACACAUAAACACAGAAGCAUUUUAAAGCUUAUGGCCACAAUUCCCUAUCUGCUUCUCUCCAAGAAACAGCUUUGAAUUGGCAGUGUAGCAUUUUUAAUACUAUUUCUUUUGCAGCAAUUUCUUCUCCCAACUCUUCUACAUAAGGUAGAGAGGGCUAUUUCAGAUUAAAAGAAGGAAAAGUUGUUUCUUGGUUAACUUUGAUGAAGGAACUGGAUUCAGUCAGUACUUCAGUAUAUGUUGCUCUUACCUAGAGCCUUGCAUCUGCUUCUGUUGAGGACAAUGUCAAGAUUGUCUGAUGUUAUCAGUUGCGUCAUGCAGAGCGAUGCCGUGACUGAAAAUCUGGAGACUAACAAAAAGGGCUUGUUCUUGUUUGAUGCAGUAUAACUCCUACUGACUUUGGUAACAACAGGUACUCUGCACUUCUCAGGAUUGCAUCUGCCAUUUAACAAGGAAAAUAAUCUGAAAGUCUAUGUACUGAAAGGCAAUAGUUUAUUUUCUAGCAAAGCAACCUUCAUUGAUCCAGUUGGAAUUUAUUAUUUUAAUUUUGUCAUCAUUUUUUAAAAAAAAACAAACUACUUUGACUUACAGUAAAAAUAUAGGAAAAAUAUUUGAUUACCUUCCAAAAAUUAGCUUUGAUUUACUCUUGGAAGAUAAUGUGGUUGGUAUGUUUUCUCAGGAUAGCCUCUGUCUAUUUCUUUCUGUGUGUUUUAAAUGGUUUUGAACGUUUAUGACUUAAAAGGGAGUUUAAUCUCUGUCUCUUCUGUGAAAUCAGAUGGUACACAACUAAAUAUGACUGCUCUUCAUAGUUUGCUGUUCUAGCAUAGCCAUAAAAUGUAUCAAUGUAUGCGUAUUUAUGAAUAACUAUUUGAUGACAGACACUUUAGAUUAUAUAUUUAAGCAGCCAUGUCAAAACUUCAAAAGUAGAUGGCUUCAAAAGUAAUGUCAUAAUCAUAACACUUGAAAACUAUUUUACAAACAAAUUGUGGCCUCAGCACAGAUCUCAUACCCUUACCAGUAGUCCAAAGCCCACCUUUUCUUUAAAGACCCCAGAUAACAUUUGUUUUGCCAUUGCUUCUUUUCCUCUUAUCAAGAUGUAUUUGAAUAAUGACAACUACCUGUGACUCAGUCGUCACCAUUCAUCUCACAGAAAAGCAGCCUUGGUACUGUACCUCUAAAUUAAUCUUCAUCGGUCUGAACUUGUGUAGCAUUGCACAAAUCAAGCACAGUCUACGUCUGGGAGACGAACAUUUCACAGCUGAUAUCGUUGUUUUCCCCCUGGGACUGCCUCACUGUUCAGAAUUACUUUUCUUCACAUAAUGUAUCUCCCAUACAUGUUCUAACUGCAUUUUUCUUUCUGCCUUUUCGCCAGUUUAUCACAGUAUUGUAGGAAUAGCCAUGAAAUUAAAAGCUUAAUAUACUGAUUUGCAGUCCCAAGGGGAAUUUACAUUAGAAGUGAAGUUGUUAUUAUUUACUGAAAAGUGGUGUUAUCUUCUUUUUUUAUUAUUAUUCUAUUCCUAUGAUAAUAUGAUGUUCCAUGUAAAUUUUCAUGUGCUGGCAUGCCUACAAGUUAAUAGUGUAAUAGAAUGCUCAGCUCUCAACAUUAGGGUGUUUUUAAGGUGAAUUGCAUUACAUAUGCCAUCUCUUUGCAGAAAGAAUAUGGGGUUUGGCAAAGCUACCUGCUGAGCAACAUAAUAAGAUUUUUGUACAAAGUACAAGUUAUUGAUUAUUAUUGUAUUUUAUUUUUCUAUGAUUUCCUAAGAGGCAUUAUCAGGUCUUACAGAUGGGGUAAGCCUGUUUAUUAAGAUAUUUAUUAGCAAAUAAAAGUUACAGUACUGGUGGUUA